UUCUUCGUCUCCGAAGAGAAGAGAAAAGAAUGGGAAACAGAGAAGACUUGAGAUCGAUUCUACCAUAUCUACCAGUGGUGAUACGUUCUUCUUCUCUUUUUUGGCCGUCCCAAGUGGUGGAAGCACUCAGAGAACUCGGAAAAGGCCGGGUCGACUCAGGCGAGCUCUUGGUCAACGCCAUUUCUGACCUCAGAAACUCUCUUUCUCUCUCUUCCGAACCUUUAGCCCCUUCUACUUCACAUGGAUAUGCCUUCUUCUUCGACGAGCUUAUGUCCGAAGACGAAUCUCGGAUUUGGUUUGAAGAGGUGGUUCCAGCAUUGGGAAAUUUAGUUUUGAGGUUGCCCUCUUUGUUGGAAACACACUAUGAAAAUGCUGAUAUGGUUAUAGAUGGAGGGGAAGGUGUGGUUAGAACUGGUCUUCGCUUACUGGAUUCACAGGAAGCAGGGAUAGUGUUCCUUAACCAGGAGUUGAUUGCUGCUCUUCUUGGGUGCUCAUUUUUUUGUUUAUUCCCAUACUAUGACAGAUAUGGGAAAAAUCUUCAAAUGAUCAACUUCGAUGAAUUGUUUGCGAGUCUAUAUGAUGGUUACAGUCAAAAACAAGAAAAUAAGAUUCGGUGCAUUGUUCACUAUUUUCAAAGGAUAACUUCUGAUAUGCCUAAGGGUGUUGUGUCAUUUGAGCGAAAAGUACUUCCCUUGGAAGGCGAUCCUGUUCACAUUUGUUACCCAAAUGACAACUUUUGGAGCUCUUCUGUUAUACCUCUAUGUAAAUUUGAGGUUCAUAGUUCAGAGCUCAUAGAAGAUCAAUCAAGUGGAGCUGUUGAAGUGGAUUUUGCAAAUAAAUAUCUUGGUGGUGGUGCUCUCCGUAGGGGCUGUGUACAGGAGGAAAUCCGCUUCAUGAUCAGUCCUGAAUUGAUUGCUGGCAUGCUCUUCUUGCCAUCAAUGGCGGACAAUGAGGCUAUAGAUAUUGUUGGUGUGGAGAGGUUUUCGAGUUAUACAGGGUAUGCAUCAUCAUUUCGAUUUUCUGGUGAUUAUGUGGAUGAAAGGGACAUAGACACCCUUGGAAGACGUAAAACCAGGAUUGUUGCAAUUGAUGCAUUAUGUAGCCCAGGGAUGAGACAAUACAGGGCAAAUUUCCUCCUCCGUGAGACGAACAAGGCAUUCUGUGGCUUUCUGUACCAACCUAAAUAUCAGCAGUAUCAGAAAAUAUUGCUUGAGAAUGGAUGCUCAUCUGUAUUGUUUGAUGCUUCCACCUCAACAUAUAUGGAAACAUGUGAAGGAAAGAUUUUAAAUCCCGAUAUCAGAAAUUCUCAAAAUGAUUACCAUAGAAUGGAGCGGGGCAAUGAUUUUGGGGUUGCAACUGGAAACUGGGGAUGUGGUGCUUUUGGAGGAGAUCCUGAAGUGAAGACCAUAAUUCAGUGGCUUGCAGCUUCUCAGGCUCGUAGACCUUUCAUAGCAUACUACACUUUUGGCUUGGAAGCAUUGCAGAACCUAGACAAGUUGAUUUGUUGCAGGUUGCUCGUUGGAUUUUGUCACAGAGAUGGACAGUUGGGGACCUAUGGAACAUGCUAAUUGAGUACUCAACAAAAAGAUCAAAAGGGGAAACUAAUGUCGGCUUCCUUCAAUGGCUCCUGCCAUCAAUAUAUGGUCGUGGUGCAGGGAUGGAUUUGCCAAAUAUGCCUUAAUCUGUUGUUGAUUUUCUUAUCUUUGAUCAAUGUCUGUUCUCUCUUUGAAGAAAAUAUGGUGUAAUGAAAAGAAAAAAAUGAAGAAGCCAUGAAAAAGUCAAUGUUGUUCUGAACAUGUGUAUACCAUGUUGUAUAGUUUGAUUUGGAGACUACAAAUUUUAUCAUUCUUGCAUACUUACGGUUGUGAAGCUAGAACCU